GCCACCUCGCAAUGCAGCUCGAAGAUACUCGGACAUCGGACUGGUUCGCAAGGUUUCUGUUCGUUGUGCUGUUAAGGGUCCUCAGGCAGGUACAUCGGCAAGUUGCAUUACUACCCUCAAGUGUCAUUCGGGCCAAGCGCAUUUGUGUAUGGUCAUUAUUCUGAUGAAGAGGUCGUUAGCAAGCUUUUUUGGUCACUCUGUUAAACCUGAAGAGUGGUUGUGAUUAACAGAGAUGCAGACUUUGGCGGUGAAUAGAUGCCAGUUGAUUAUAUAAAGCCUGACGCUGGCGUCUUCCUAGGGUCCUAUUUUCCUUCCAUUCACACUCCUACACCACUGCGGUAACACACAACCUACAAAGCACGAACAUUUCUUGGUCGAUAUUAAACCAAACAUUCUUAAGCUCAACAACGAAUUGGCUCUCCUACACCUCCCAACCUUAUUUAUCCACCAUGUGCCACAUACCUAUCUGGACCUUCUUGCUUCCUCUGGUAGUAUGUUUACCUCUUUUCAUCCAGGAAUCCAAGUACCCUGCUUCUUCUGAGGUGCUCCCCGUCGGACUGAAAUGGAUCGACCUGGCACAGUUCGAUUGGGAUGAUUACGUGCUCUCCGGGAUAUCGCUGAACUGCGAUAGAGAGUCAGUUGACCAGAAAUAUAACUGCGCAUACAAAUUCCAUUGGGAUGAUCCCAACUACGAUAACUCGAUGGAUUGCAGCUAUAGUUUUCCUUGGGACGGCGUUACGCAAACUCAAGGCGAUAACAACAGCUAUCCGACGGGUUAUCAGUCCUGUGGCGAUUCUUGGCAGUUUAAAUUCGAGGUGGUUCGUUAUCUGUGGGAUUUCAACAUGACGAUCAGUAAACUUCAGGAUGAUCCCAGCAAAUUCGGUCGUUAUAGUGCAUGGUUCUUUGCAUAUCCGAAUAUCACAUUGGAGAGAAUGAGCCAAUUGGAUUUCCGCAGUUUAGUCUACUCAACAAUAGAUCCUGUUAAAGCUAAGAUCCAAGGAUUAGCGAUGUGA